AUGACAAUGAGUCAACCUUUGGGACGAGGUGUACGGGUUGUGUCCUGGACCCGAGUCCUCCCUCCGCGAGCGCGACAAGGGCCAUCACUGUAUCGCGCAGGGCAGACGAGAUGCCUUCAGAUUCGCGCCGCCGCGGCGGAACAGCCAUCUUCGGCCAACGGAAACAGUCUGCCUGUGGUCGGCACUCCUAACUCAGCUGAGUCUGCCGAUGCGCGAUUCGACGUUAUCGGCGCUCCAUACUCCUUAUUGUCCGUCUCUCUAUCCGCUUCGCAGAAUCUCUUCACCCGACGAGGAACAUUGGUGGGGCUGAGCGGGAAAGCCGAUAAUGUGGUUUCUACGUUGAGCGUUCUCGAACCAUUCCGGAGAGCAGUUGUCGGUGUGCCAUUUCUCUACCAGAAGGUCUCGUCGGCUAGCCCGGUAACUGCCUUGGUUUCUGUUCGGUCGCCUACCACGUCCUUCGCUGUUGUACACCUGGAUGGUUCCGUGGAUUGGAUGGUGGCACAGAGACGUGCGUUGCUUGCCUGGACGGGCCGUUCUCUUUCUAUCAAACCGACAAUCAACACAAGCCUGAGCGUGUCUCACUGGGGUAGCUCCGAAGUGACUGGCAGAGGGUUGCUAGCAUUAGUUGGUACGGGUCAGUUAUACCAGGUCGAGGUAAAGGCCGGAGAGCAAUACAUCGUCCACCCAAGCAAUGUCGUGGCUUACACAAUGACAAACAACCCCCCUCGUCCUUACCGCUUCAAAUCCACAAGCUUGAAAUUCCAGGUCCCAGGUCUUAAGGGCUUGCCGAGCUUUAUCCAAGAUUCAAAGUUCGUUCGGGAUAUGUCGGGUUCCGAUACAUGGAAAACCGCAAUGAAUAUCUUCCAUAAAAUUCGUACUUGGUCUCGGAUGACCAUCUGGGGAGACAGGCUCUUCCUGCAAUUCGAUGGCCCCGCGACUAUUCUCUUACAAACGCGUGGUCCCCGUAUCAAUGAAGUCCUCACCUCGCACGAAGUUAAUGAGAUUGCAAGCGCCCCGAGAGGACUAACUAUUGGACCUGCAAAGCCCACAGAGGAAAAGAAAUCGUCUGCCGACGAGGAGCAUAGGAAGGCAGCUGAGGAGGCCGCCAAUGCUGCCCCCGCGCCCACAAGGACCGUUGAACAAUUAGAACAGGAGGUCAGAGGAUCAGCUCAAAGCAUUGCCACUCUUACGAAGGAAGGCAAAGUUAUCUUUGAGAAACCUGGCCAACAAAACUAA